CUGUGACUCACACCCUUGGGCCUCUGCUGUUGUGGACCCUGACUUCUUGGUCUUCACCCAGAGACUCUGCAGAGGCGGCAAGGUUUUUCUUAAUGUUGAAUUAAAGCAAAGGUGUUCUGACAUAAAAAUCACCUGUUGAAUCUUGGGCAUGGACCAUUGGAGGGCAUUGAAGGGCCAGCACCAACCAACCCACUGCCCACCCCUUGGGCCUCAUCCACAGACUCCUGGAGAAAUAGCGGACAUGGUGGUCAGAGGAGAGGGAAUGAAGCAUACAGAGGGACAAGGAAAAUGGUGACCUCAGUUGAUGGGAUUGAAACCGUGGGUGAAGUUGCUGGGACCACACCCUACGACUAUGAGGGGGCACUGCCAUGCGAGAAAAGCAAUGUCAAGGAGCUGGGGGCCCAGUUCCUGCCCCCACUGUAUUCCCUGGUGUUCAUGAUUGGUUUGCUGGGCAAUGUAGUGGUGGUGGUGAUCCUCACAAAAUACAAGAGGCUCCGUAUUAUGACCAACAUCUACCUGCUCAACUUGGCCAUUUCUGAUGUGCUCUUCCUAUUCACGCUGCCAUUCUGGAUUCACUAUGUUAGGUGGAACGAGUGGGUUUUUGGUCACGCCAUGUGUAAGUUGCUCUCUGGGCUCUAUUACAUGGGACUGUACAGUGAGAUCUUCUUCAUCAUCCUCUUGACCAUAGACCGGUACCUGGCCAUCGUCCACGCCGUGUUUGCCCUUCGAGCCCGUACAGUCACUUUUGGUAUCGUCACUAGCAUCUUCACCUGGGGCCUGGCAGUGCUAGCAGCCCUCCCUGAAUUUUUCUUUCAUGAGUCCCAAGAGGAGGCUGGACAGACUAUCUGCAGUCCUCUUUACCCAGGGGAUAAUGAAAAUGCCUGGAAGCGUUUCCAUGCUCUGAGAAUGAAUAUCCUGGGUCUCGCGCUGCCUCUGCUCGUUAUGGCCAUCUGCUAUUCAGGAAUCAUUAAAACACUGCUGAGAUGCCCCAGUAAAAAAAAAUACAAAGCCAUCCGGCUCAUUUUUGUCAUUAUGGUGGUCUUCUUUAUUUUCUGGACACCCUACAAUCUGGUUGUCCUACUCUCUGCUUUUCAAAUACACUUGGAGGCCGACUGUGAACAGAGCAGACAGCUGGACCUGGCCAUGCUGGUGACAGAGGUGAUCGCCUACACGCACUGCUGUGUCAACCCCGUGAUCUACGCCUUCGUUGGCGAGAGGUUCCGGAAGCACCUCCGCCACUUCUUCUACAGGCACGUGGCCACCUACCUGGGCAAAUUCAUGCCGUUUCUUCCCAGCGAGAACCUGGAAAGAGCCAGCUCUGUCUCCCCAUCAACAGGGGAGCAGGAACUCUCUGCUGUAUUCUAGGUCAGAGGCAGAACAUUGCCUACAGAAGAUGCACAGACCAGAUGAAGCCAACAUAUUGACCUCUUCACCAGUCCUUUGAACUUCCAGCACAAUGGCUGAACUCUUGAAGCCAUUAAAAUAUAUACACAAUGGUGAUGGUAUAUCUAUGCACCCCAAAGUCAUUACCAAAGGUCAACGCCUGAGCAAUGACUUAUUAUGAACCCUGAAAAGCAGAGCUUUGCUUGAUCCACUCAAGUCAUGUAAAUUUUAAUGCACCUGAAUGUUAGAUGGUUACUAUAUGCAGCUACAACUAGUCAAGCUUUUUAUAUCUUAAACCUUAACUUCAGCCAGUUAUGGAUAUAAAUGAAACAUAAUAAACAUAAAUGAAAUAUUAAUAAAUCAAUUACAUUUCUUCUUAUUACAAUGUAAUAAAUCAGUUUAUUGCAAGAACUGAUGCUCAAGCUGAAACACCAAUACUUUGGCCACCUGAUGCGAAGAGCCAACUCAUUGGAAAAGGCUCUGACACUGGGAAAGAUUGAAGGCAGGGGGGAGAAUAGAAGAGCAAUUUGGCAUUUUCAGUACAGAGAAUAACCCACUCCAGUCCUCUUGCCUGGAGAAUCCCAUGGACAGAGGAGCCUGGUGGGCUGCAGUCCAC